AUGAAUACCCAGGAUAAGAGAGCCCCUAUAAACUUUUUAGCACUGGAGGUAGAGCCAUUCACACAGCGACCAUUUGCUGAAAUAAUGAAAGAGUCCAAGGAGAAACAACUCCCGCACGUAUUAGCAAAAGUGUUUGUGAAGAAUGUGGAUAAGCCCACCGUAUACGAUGCAAGGACGCUGUGUAAGUAUCUAUUUGAACUAGUCAUAUCAAGAGAAGGGCGUACUGUACGACUAAAGAAAGUAUCCGAUCCAAUAGACGACAAAAUAAUCAAGGAUAUUUUCUUCUAUGAAAUCCCCGUGAACAGCCAGGAUGGACUUGAUGGGGUAUUCAUUGGUGACCAGAAGGAUUUCUUAGCAUCAAGUGGAUUUAGGUCUAGAAUAUUCAAUAGAAAUGACCCUUUUGACUCAUUAAGCAUUAAUUUCUUAUUUAAGGAUAAGACACCCAGUAGGCUUGGGAAGAAACCUCUUGUCCUAAUAGGUAUUUCAUUUAUUAUUCUCUGCAUUAUUUUCCUCUCAUGCAUUUACACACUAAUGCAUACUAAUAAACUGAUAGACCCGAUAAAAAAGCAUUUGAAAUAGCCCAAUUCACUCCAAUAGACCAAUACUCUCCUUAUGCUAUGUUAUUGGUUAUUUCUUAGACAGAAUGUAUCCUACCUCCUGUGAGAGAAUAAAUAGACUAAUUGCAGUACUGGAUAUAAUAGUAAGUUUACCUUCUGUUUCUAGCUGUACAUUCUCUCUUUUAUCUAUUCCACGGAGUAUCCCUUUUAUUCGAGUUCCUUGCUUCAUCUCCACAAGUAUUUCUGUGUCUAUGGCCUCAUACACCCAUCUAAUACACAUGAAUAAAAAUAGCACGCAGU